AUGUCGGCAUACUGUUGCAUACCCAUCAACAUCAAACACAGAGGCAAGAAAAACUCCAAAUCUACCAAAGAUACUACUUCCGAAAAGCCAAAGAUGGCCAUCUGGAACUUUUUCUUGGGCUCCACCCCUAAUCGCCAACAGAGAAAACAACCUCCUCGUCGAUCUCAAGCACAGCAACGUGCAGCAGCACGUGAGAGGGAGGGUUCUCCACCAAGUUAUGGCUCUGCACGCCAUGAAGUCAGGUCUGGAGACAUCCAGACCAAAAAUUCAACCACUCCGGGUCCUCCUCGAAAUGGUGGGGCUGUAUCUACGCCGAUUGUUACUGAGGGAGAAGAUGCCCGCAUUAAUAGCCGUUACCAGCCGUAUGUUGAAUCGGCGCCUGGGUCGUCUGUUUCUAUGGAGUUCCAAUAUGAUACCCCGAGUACGCCAUCCUCCGAGAGCAAGGGAACUCUCGCUGAUGCUUUCGCGUCCGAGGAGGAAGAGCAAGAAAAAAAUAUGCAGAACAAGGAAGCGUUUGCAGCUCCUUUGACAAUCCAUCGAUCCAUCAUCAAUGGACGCAAGGUGGCCGAUUACACCGGCACUGAAGAUAGCUUCAUCAAUGUUUCAUCUGCGGGUCGUGUCUAUAUGCAUGGCAGGGACGGUGAUAUUAUCGUUGAUGAUUCUGGUGUUCGCCUCAAUUCUUAUGGAAACAAGGCCAAGGGCAAGCAGAGCAAAGACAAGGAACUAGGAUCUAAUGAAUCUAAUGGUCCUUACGGUGCAACUCGCAACAUCAACAUGGGCACCAUCAUAGACAACGUCGAAGAGAGCGGUUUACUCUUUAGAGGGAGAACCUUCCAAGCACAUCCCGACGGCACAAGGGAAGAAAUUGAGGACAAUCUCCACAACUGCGGCACAACAAAUUUCAACAGUGGAACCAUCUACCAUAACGUCGCAAGGGAUGCUGUGGUGCUUACAGGAAGUACUAUCUAUGGCGACAUGGAUUUUAGUCGUGGUGGCGCAGAACCAAUGACUCUGAAUCUAGCUACGGCGGCUCUAGAACAUCCAACUUUGGAAGCAGUAAUUUUGUCACAAACAGCGACGCGCAUAUGUGUGGAAGUAUCUUCAAUGGCAAUGGGCGCUUUGGCUAAGUCUUGA